AAGAGACACCCAGCACCGACAGACUUGACAAUGAUGUGGAAAUUGACAAUUUGCUCACCUGGAUUGACGAAGCGGCGAGUGCUCUGGAGGUCCCCCAGCACAACCAGGACCUGCCCGGUGUCACAAGAGAGGGGACCAAAGACACUGCAAACAGCUGCCAAAUGGAAGAGCUGAUGCAGUGCAUCACUGACACGGAGCCACUGAGCCCAGAUGUCUCCAGCAGUCUCGACUCCUCUUCUUCCAUCACAGAGCACUCUGACUCCUCCAGGGCCAGCAGGGAGCUGAGCAAAGAGACACAACCUGAACCAGGGCUCCUCAGCAACUCGCUCUGCUGGCAGCCAGCAUCCCCUGAGCUGCCCGUGCUGACGCCCCUGGCUGCCCCUGCGCCUCCGUCGCCCCGCACCGCACAUCUGACGGAAGAGGCGCGGCGGAGGCAGCCCCAGGUGGUUCUCACCCGCCUGGCACUGCCACCCCCCCUGGCUGCCCCCACACCCCUGUUGCCCCACACAGCACAUCUGACGGAAGAGGCGCAGCGGAGGCAGCCCCGGGUGGUUCUCGCCCGCCUGGCACUGCCACCCGGAUGCAUCUCCUGCCGGGUGGCAGACAAGCACCACGGGGACAGCACCGAGCCAGCCAAGCACCCUGUGCCUCCUUUCACGCAAAGUGGACAGGUCAUGGAACGGGUGCAGCGGAGGCAGCCCCACAUGCACGGCGCGCAGCAGGAGGACUCGGUGCCCAUCACAGCCCAACAGGUGCUCGAGGGGGAGCGUGCCAAGAAACCGGCCCACUUGGUGUAG